AUGAAACAAUGUUCAGGAGAAAAAUUGGCUUUGCUUCUCAAAUUUCAAGAUAUUAGUAAUGUAGAUUUUUGUCUUGACUGUAAUGACGCUUUCGAAAUUUUAUCAUUUGAUUCAAACGAUUUACUCGAUUUAAAGAAAGAAAUGUAUGAAAUUGAACAACAAUUCGUAUGUAUAUUACAUAGAGUAAAGUGUAAGAUGCAUCUGUUAAAAAAUGCAUUAGUGAAGUUAUCCAAUCAAUUAACGAGAACUUCGAAAACAUCAUCAAAUACUGUUAUCAGAAACAGUCCAUCGACAACUAAUUUGAUAGCUAAUAAUUUCAAUAAUUCAGCAAACACGUUUUCUGUUACAUCAAUGAUCACUUCUGCAUCACCAAACAAUAAUUUAACACCUGAAGAAAAACUCAAGCAACAAAUAAUUGAAUCACUAAACGAUUGGUGUCAGAAACUGAAAGAGAACAAUGGUCAAAAAAUGUUUCAACUGAAAGAAAAUGUCGAUUAUGAAAUUUUUAUUGAUAUUAUUGGAAAGAAAAUAUUGGUUAAAUGCCAAUGUGGCAAAACUACAACGUUAGCUCAAAAAGAUAAUACUUUUAUUGUAAGUUAA